CACAUUCUCUGAAACCCUAAUCUGGAGAAUCGCCGUCUUCUCCAGAAAAUAUCUAUUUCUACACCUUUUUCUUUUGAUUUUCCAGAUACUGAUGAAACCAGAUCGGAUCUUCCUCUAGAUCCGUUCUUGGUUUAUCGAUUCUCUCGCAUCCGGAUGCUUUUUGCAAGUUCUUGAGGAAGCGGAUUCAUCAUAAACCGACAGAGAAAUGUCGCAGGUUUCGAAUCCAGAAGAAGAAGACGAUACGAUUGAAAUCCGCGAGGUCUGGAACCAUAAUCUUGAAGAAGAGAUGGCUCUGAUUGAACAAGCCAUUGACGAUUUCCCUUACGUCGCCAUGGACACAGAGUUCCCAGGAGUCGUUUGCAAGACAGUAACGGCGAAUCCAAACCCCAACCCUAAACACUACGAAUUCAACUACGAGACCUUGAAGACGAAUGUGAAUAUGCUUAAGUUGAUUCAGCUAGGUCUCACGUUAUCAGAUGAGAAAGGAAACUUACCAACCUGUGGAACUAACAAGCAAUGCAUCUGGCAAUUCAAUUUCAGAGAAUUCAAUUUCAAAUCCGACAUGUUUGCCAUGGAUUCCAUCCAACUCCUGCGUAAGUCAUUCAUCGAUUUGGAGAAAAACACCGAAUGCGGUGUAGAUUCGAGGCGAUUCGCUGAGCUUCUAAUGAGUUCAGGAGUAGUGCUUAACGACAAGAUACAGUGGGUGACAUUCCAUUGCGGAUAUGAUUUUGGAUACUUGCUGAAACUCUUGACCGGGAAAGAAUUGCCGGCAGAGGCGUCGAAGUUCUUUGAUCAGGUGGAGCGUUUUUUCCCGGUAGUGUAUGAUAUCAAAUACUUGAUGGGAUUCUGCGCCCCACUCCAUGGAAGUCUGACGACAGUAGCGGCGAUACUUGGUGUUAAAAGAGUUGGGAUUUGUCACCAGGCUGGGUCAGAUAGCUUGUUAACAUUGCGUGCCUUCAACAAGAUGAAAGAGAUCUUCUUCACUGGUUCUCUGGACAAAUACUCUGGUUUUUUGUUUGGAUUAGAUAAUCCUCGGUUGCUCACUGGAACCAAAAAUUAAAAUUAUAAAAAAAAUAAAAUUAAAACUGUUUU